AUGUCGGAUAUCGGCAGCGGUGACGAAGGAAUUUCUAGUCAGAAGUACCAUGGUCAAAGUAUGGACGCCGGUGGGAAUAACUUCGAUUCCGGGCAACAGCCACAGGAGCAGGAGUUGGCGACAAAAAUGCUGCAGAUCCAGUCGAAACGGUUCUACCUGGACGUGAAGCAGAACCGACGAGGCCGGUUUAUAAAGGUGGCUGAGUUCUCUUGCUGUCGAGGGCAGAUCGGCGCGGACGGCAGGCGCAGCCAGAUAUUCCUUGCGAUGUCCACCGCGGCCGAGUUCCGCGACUACCUGUCCAGCUUCAGCGACUUCUACUCGUCGCUGGGGCCCCCCAACCCGGACAACGUGCCCGACGACGGCAAGCUCAAGUCGGAGAUUAUGCUAAAGGACAACCGGCGCUACUACCUCGACCUGAAGGAGAACUCGCGCGGGCGCUUCCUGCGCGUGUCGCAGACCAUUUCGCGCGGCGGGCCCCGCAGCCAGGUGGCGCUGCCGGCGCAGGGCAUGAUCGAGUUCCGCGACGCCCUCACCGACCUGCUCGACGACUUCGGCACCGACGACGGCGGAUUCAAGGGCGACCUGCCCGAGGGCCGGCACCUGCGCGUAGACAACAAAAACUUCUACUUCGACAUCGGACAGAACAACCGAGGCAUCUACAUGAAAGUAAGCGAGGUGAAGAGCAACUUCCGCACGGCCAUCACGGUGCCCGAGAAGUGCUGGACGCGCUUCCGCGACAUCCUGGCCGACUACUGCGACAAGAUGGGCCGCGUGCACGCCGCCGACGCCCUGCAGGGUGGUGGUCCGAGGGCAGGCAGCGCACAACCCUCCCGGGACAUGCGCCCCGAGCCGGAUUUGAUGCGCGGGCGCCGCCCCGCCCCGCCCCGCCCCGCCCGGCGCCUCUGUAUAUACUGCUCUGCGCACAUAGCGCGGCCGGCGAGCACGCGCCGCGUGACGGGGCGCACGCGCGCCGUGACGCGGCGGCGUGACACGGCCCGCGCGGCCACGUGCGCCGUGCUCGCCCGGCGGGGCACACCUUCCGAACUAACUGCGGCUUUGAGCUUCGUUUCAUUGACGUUCUCCUUAGGGGCGCUAGGCGAGAGGGGUGUAACGGCCAGGGGUUUACAGGUGAGAGGCGCGUGCGAGGGCCAGCGCGGCGUGGCCCCCGCCGGGGAGGGCGGCGGCCCGGCGGCGAGGCCUCGCCGCGCUGGCCGGCUCGAAUCU